AUGAUGAUCACUAGUGACAACCAGUUGGUUUCCGCUGCGAUUGCUGCUUUGAAUGCCCAAACUCAAAAUUUGCACCAACAACAGCUCAUCUCACGGUCAGAGCAAGCCCAAGAGGCACAUGCGCAUCAAUCCCCAAAUCGUGUUCUAUCAACAGAGUUGGUCGGGACAUCACUGACAGGAGGAAAGGAGUUUUCACUGCGUGAAUUGACCAAUUUCACUUGGCGGCAUGGCCUUGCCAACACAAAUUCUCCUAGGUCGCCUGGCCUGAGGCCAACCUCUGCCCAUCUCACCCAUUCUUACAUUCAAGCACCAACGACCACAUCCGCUUUAACCGCGGCCAGACUUGCUGGCCGACCCGGUUUUAAUCUGGCCGGACUUGGUAGCAAUCUGGCACUUGGAAGUAUUCUGGCGCCUGGGCAUGCAGGUUUGACCCGAAGUGGGGUACGGACUGGUGCAUUCACAGGCUCUUUCCUCGUAGUGCCCGGCAAGCAUUUUGGCCAAACUGGUUCAUUGGCCACGAGUGGCGGAGGUGCGGGAGUACGUGUCACUUCUGGCGACGCCGGAGGUAGCUCAGAACGACACCUGCCGGUUCUUAGUAUGCAUACCAUAAAUCGUGUUGUCGAAGAGGUGCUGGCCAAGAAACAGCAACAACAACAACAGCAGGCAAAACAUUCAACAUCUUCGCCUACUCGACACGUUAAUUCAUUGACCCAGCAACAGAAUUCAGUAGUUAGUCGUACUUUCGGCUCCUCUUUUGCGUUGGGCAGUCAGCGUCUCUUGUUCCGUUCGUCGAAUGCAAUUACACCCUUUCAAAACCUAGUCAGUAUCCAGCCAACAGAAAAAGCCCAGCUAUACGCUCGACAAGACCAAUUCGGCCUUCAGUCCUACUUUGCGUCGGCGAUCUCAUUGAAGACAAGUGUCGUGACUGAUGGUCCAAUGCUAGAUGAAAGUAUGCGCGGUGCAAUUGUUAAGGAGUUGCGCAAAGAGGUCGCCCGGCCCCAGCACAAGAAAGACUACUUCUAUGCAGGCAGUAUGAUGCAUGUGAAUGAGCUCAUGUCCACCACCGCUCUGCCCGAAUUUGUGCGCGAAGUGAGCAGCCAAGUCGAAGUGUCCAAGAAACCUGGACAUCCUAUUAAUGCUAUGCUACGACAGAUGUUCGAUCUCUCCAUCCUCCAAAGCGCCACGUUCAACAUUAUUGCGGCUUCUAGUGUUUUUGCAAUGAUCGGUUACCUAACGCCGUAUCAAUUUUUGAAAGAUAAUGCGCAGGAUUUGGGAUUUAGCGAGGAUUAUUCCUCUCUUCUGCUCUCUUACAUGAGCGCCACCAACACGAUCAGUCGAUUUCUGGCCGGCAAGUUGAUUUUUUACAUCCCAUGUACCAUUGAAGAUUACCCCUUAUUCCUAUGCUACCACUUACCAAAGUCUUGA